CCGGUUAUUUACCAAAUUUUCCCAUUAAAUUUUUGAUGGGCGUUGGCACUAGACCCAAUUUAGAAGCCCAAUUCGCAACAGGGACACUUAGUUGUUGGGCCGGGCUCGUACAUUUGGCGGGUCAAAAGUUCACCAGCUGCGGCUGAGCAACCAGAUUUCGCCGCCGUGAAAAUCAUGUAUGCAGUAAACAAAAGCAUGAAAAGCUCUUCCCUCAAGUUUCGGAGCUUCAUUUUCAGCCGUUCCGAUUUCAAUGUCGUCUCAAGUGAAGCUCCUCUUAUGUUCUGUUACUCUGGACCAAGUGUUCCGAAUCCUGCACAUUUGCCUAAGGAUACUUCCUUUAUGCGUUUUCUUAGUCAUGGCAACUCCUUCAUUUCCAGAAACUAUCACCAAAUGAGAUUAAUUCCCGGAUUGCCUCGUCAAGAUCCUACAUUGAACACUUCGCUACUGCCAAGUUCAUUAACUUCUGGAUCUCGUGAGAUCGUUUUGAAAUGGCUUCAUGCUAGGUGGUUCUCUAGUCCGUCAAUAGAGCUGAAUACGGAGAAAGGUGUUGUCAGAUUUAGAUUUGGUCAAGAAGCCGGAAAAAGAGGCGGUCAGACAAAGGCAAAGCGUAUCGUGAAGAGGUUUAAAAUGUCUAAAAAAGCAAAAUUGAAUGAACUCAAAUUUUACCGACUGAAGGCAAAGAAGAAAAUGAGAUCCCCAAAUCCUGAAGUUAGGAUCAGAUACAAACUUGAGAAGGCAAAACGAAAGGAAGCUUGGUUGAUUGAGAAAUUGAGAAAAUUUGAGGUACCUAAAGCUCUAGAUGAACCACAUGAUCCUGAAAUUUUAACUGAAGAGGAGAAGUUUUACUUGAAGCGCACUGGUGAGAAAAAGAAAAAUUAUGUACCGGUUGGGAGACGAGGAGUAUUUGGAGGUGUGGUGUUGAAUAUGCAUCUUCACUGGAAGAAACAUGAGACAGUUAAGGUUUCAUGCAGGCCUUGCAAGCCUGGGCAGAUUCAUGAAUAUGCUGCUGAGCUGACUCGGCUAAGCAGAGGCAUUGUUAUUGACAUUAAGCCAGACAAUACCAUAAUAUUUUAUCGUGGAAAGAAUUAUGUUCAACCAAAUGUUAUGUCGCCUCCAGAUACUCUAUCUAAAGACAAGGCCUUGGAAAAAUAUCGAUUUGAGCAGUCUUUGGAGCAUACAAGUCAGUUUAUUGAGAAAUUGGAGAAAGAGUUGGUAGAAUAUCAUGAAUAUCUUGCUCGGAAGAGAAAAAAAGAAAAGAGUUGAAGCUAAGGGUUUGAAGUUAAAUUAUGAGGGUGUGCUUGCAAUUACGAAAUGUUUCUACCUCUUCAAGCAGGUGUGAUGGCCCAUAGGAAUGGAGCUGAAAGAUAGAAAGAACCAUGUACCUUGCAUGGUAAAAAGAGGCAGAGUUGAACUUUGAACCCCUCAGAAGUUGAAUGAAAGGAGUAGGAUCUUUCUUUCACUCUCAUAUGAUCAUGUCCGGAAGAAAGAAAGACGGUCUUCAUACUCCAACCCUUUUUCAAUCGUCAAGCCAAGCUUGGUAUAAGGUUUGCAAUUGCUGCUUUCCGCUUACUGCAAAUAAACCAGCUUCAAUCUUGGAUAGAUUAGUGGAUAUUCCCUCAACUCUCAAGUGGAAGAGUCUUGAAAUCUGAUAGCAGAAUCGUUCAAAAAAGUGUCCAUGUUGACUGGAGUUGAGGUAGGGAAGUUUAAUCGUAAUAAGGCUUCCCUCAACUCUCAAGUGGAAGAGUCUUGAAAUCUGAUAGCAGAAUCGUUCUAAAAAGUGUCCAUGUUGACUGGAGUUGAGGUGGGGAAGUUUAAUCGUAAUAAGGCUUACCAGUGAAAAGCAAAUAAUACUGUUUGAACUUCAUUUUCUCAUGUUGCAAUCAGAGGAACUUUGGUUGUGCGUGCUCUGACUGACCCAUGCAAGCAUAUUGCUUAGUUUACAGUGCGAAGACUUCAUGGUAACAAGAAGUCGAAAAGCAAUGACGCUUUAAACUUUCUUGUUUUACUGUUUUGAUCAGUUGCUUGGUGUGUAGGCUUUGAAACAACAUGUGCUGGAGUUAUUUAACUUAUGUUGGAGUUUUAAUUGGUAAUACUUGUAAAGUUUGUUACGAAUAUGGACACAAACAGAGCUAUUUACCGUGUAGUUGUGAAAAUAACUAUAAAUGAGAAUGAAUAUAAUGGAUUAUUUGUUCGUUUUUC